UCCAGCUGAAGCAUGAAUGGCCUCGAGGUGGCUUCCCCAGGUCUGACUGCCAACUCCUCCCUGGCCACUGCAGAGCAAUGUGGCCAGGAGACGCCGCUAGAGAACGUUCUCUUCGCCUCCUUCUACCUCCUGGAUUUCAUCCUGGCUUUUGUUGGCAACGCCCUGGCCCUGUGGCUUUUCAUCCGGGACCACAAGUCGGGUACCCCCGCCAACGUAUUCUUGAUGCACCUGGCCGUGGCCGACUUGUCCUGUGUGCUGGUCCUGCCCACCCGCCUCGUCUACCACUUCUCUGGGAACCACUGGCCGUUUGGGGAAAUCCCAUGCCGCCUCACCGGCUUCCUCUUCUACCUCAACAUGUACGCCAGCAUCUACUUCCUCACUUGCAUCAGUGCUGACCGCUUCCUGGCCAUCGUGCACCCUGUCAAGUCCCUCAAGCUCCGCAGGCCCCUCUACGCGCACCUGGCCUGCGCCUUCCUCUGGGUGGUGGUGGCCGUGGCCAUGGCCCCACUGCUGGUGAGCCCACAGACCGUGCAAACCAACCACACGGUUGUGUGCCUGCAGCUGUACCGGGAGAAGGCCUCCCACCAUGCCCUCGUGUCCCUGGCCGUGGCCUUCACCUUCCCGUUUGUCACCACUGUCACUUGCUACCUGCUUAUCAUCCGCAGCCUGCGGCAGGGCCCCCGCGUGGAGAAGCGCCUCAAGAACAAGGCGGUCCGCAUGAUCGCCAUGGUGCUCACCAUCUUCCUGGUGUGCUUCGUGCCCUACCACGUGCACCGCUCGGUCUACGUGCUGCACUACCGCGGCCACGGCACCUCAUGUGCCGCCCAGCGCGUCCUGGCCCUUGGAAACCGCAUCACCUCCUGCCUCACCAGCCUCAACGGGGCACUCGACCCAGUCAUGUACUUCUUUGUGGCCGAGAAGUUCCGUGACGCCUUGUGCAAUUUGGUCUGUGGCAAAAGGCUCUCGGGGCCACCCCCCAGCUUUGAAGGGAAAACCAAUGAGAGCUCGCUGAGUGCCAGGUCUGAGCUGUGA